UUUUUAUUCUUUUAAAUUAUCUUAUUUCGUUCUUCAUCAAUCAUUUUGCAAACAAUAAUCAUUUUAAUAAAUCAUUUUGUUUUUCUAAGAUUUCACAAUGACUCUUGAUUAAUACCUUAAUUUAGUCAUUAAUUAACAGAAAAAGAUUUUCUUGUUUCACGAAGCGCUUUCUCGUUCGACGAUAAAAAAAAAUGGAUAUUUCGCUUCAUGAGAAACAAUCCAAAAGAAAAUAGAUGAAAACGAACAUUUCAUUGCCGGGUGUAAAACCGGUAUCUUUGUCCUGUGUGGUACCUCAGUCAACUUACGAGAGAAGAAAUAAAGCCGAUAUUGAACCAGCACUAUCUCAGCUGGAAUCAGUUUCGAGUCUGCGUAAUUUGAAACUCGUGAUGUUUCGCAAAUUAUCUUCUAAUUGAUUUAUGUCACGAUCACCUUGGCUGUCUUAUUCAUUUUCUACGUAACAAAUCCAAUUAAACGUAAUGUCGGAGAGUUGCUCAUGAUACAACAAUGUAGUAUAGAAUGCUACUGAGUUAUUUUUUAUAUGAGCAAUGUUGAUUGUAAGAAACGUGUAUGAAAAGGGAAAAACAAUACUCAAUAGUCAAACAUGAAUCUCAUUGAUUGCAUUCUGGCAUCUCUGCUUGUCCUUACGUUCUUAGCAUCAGCAGAAUGUGAAUUUAUAACAUUUGGUAUAGGUGCCAGUAUAUUAAGCACUGCAAGUUAUUAUGCCUAUGAAAAAUACAAAUGCAUGUACAUGGAGUGCUGUACAAAUGAAUACAUUCUUGCUGACUUAGAUAGACUAGAGUAUAAGCUGACUUCUAAGUUAUUUGGACAGAAAAUUGCUCAUGAAACAAUUAUAAAUGCACUACGGGGCCAUUUACAUAAUUCACCCAAAGCACUAGUUAUGAGUUUUCAUGGCACACCAGGAACUGGCAAAAAUUACGUAAUAGAGAUGAUUGCCAAAUCUUUUUAUAAAAAUGGUGUUAAGAGCCAGUAUUUUUAUUUUUUCAAUGGCCGUAAUGAGUUUCCUUUGCAACGAAAAGUAGAUGAAUACAAGGAUAAAUUGUACAAAAUCAUCUCUGAUGGUUUACAAAAAUGUGAAAGAUCAAUGUUUGUAUUUGAUGAGGUAGAUAAAAUGCCAGAAGGCCUGCUAGACAUGUUGGUCCCUUUUCUCGAUUAUAACAGCUAUCACAAAUCUACUAAGCAUAGUGAAUCUGUGUCUCAGAACAAAGCUAUUUUUAUAUUUCUCUCAAAUACCGGUAGCACUCAGAUAGUGAAGCAUCUCACAAAUCUGUGGGAGAAGGGCAAGAAGCGAGAAAAUAUGCGAUUACAGGAUUUCGAGAAAUUGAUAUCUGAUGGAGCAUUUAAUGAGAAGGGUGGUUUUCAUCAUAGCGACACUAUACAGACUAGUGUGAUUGAUCAUUAUGUACCUUUUCUGCCUCUCGAAGAGGUACAUGUUAGAAAAUGUCUAUCGAGAGCUUUCAUGGAGCGGGGGGUCACUCCAACAGAAGAAAUGAUAGAGGAAGCGUUAUCGUACUUAACCUUUGGCCCUGAACCGCAUAAUCUGUAUUCGAUGGCCGGCUGUAAGAGAAUAGAUCAGAAAGUUGCAGCUAUUGUGCAUCGCAAACAAAAAGAGCUUAAAACUAUUGAUUGAAAACUAAUUUAAAAUAUUUGAAUUUGAAAUACAAAAAAAUUCAAAAAUACUAAAUAAAAAUAACAAAACUAAAUGAAACAAUGUCACGCAUUUAUGUAACAUCUCGAUAAGACCCUUUAUUUGAUAGAAUUUCUUUAUUGGCACACUCAGAAAAAUAAUGUCUAACAAAUUAAAAAAAUAAGUAAAAUUAAUUUUUCGUACUUAUAUACGCGAAAG